AUGCAAGCUUAUAAGUUAUGGAAUAUUCUGGAUUGUGGAAUAUAUUUUCUUGCGGCUUAUUACAUCCAAGUCACUGGAGCUAGAGUUCUGGCGGGCCCUGAGGUUGACAAUGGCUCAUAUGGCGAGCCCUCGGAUCGGAUUUUCGAUGAUCUGGAUAACUCUGCAGAUCUUCGGAAUAUGAUUUGA